CUUGUCGUCUCGGGCGACUCUACCCUUGUCAGCCCCCAAUGGCAAAAGGGUACUAAGCAUCGCAUACACCCUCUCGUCUCGAUAUUCGUAACGCACGACCGGAUUUACAGUUUAGACACUACUCCAUUCCACUCUACUUUGUCGUUACCGACUGUGACUUGUGAACAUGAGCUUUCUCUUGUCUUUAUUCCGGAGUCCGGAAGAAAAAGAAACCCCGCUCGCGUCGCGGGACGACACCAACAACAACAAUAACGACAACAGUGAUAACGAGAGCGACAAUGGCGUAUUGCAGCCUCCCGUCGUCCCGCACUCUCCUUCCUUGACGACGGCACACGCGUCGAGCAAAUCCUUCGCGUCAAUCCCACCCAUGCCGUCCCGUCAGACGUCCGGAAUGAAUCGUGAUCGUUCCUUUUCCAAAGUCUUCAAUCAGUUGCCUCCGCAUUUGCCGACCCUCCAAGAAAUGCAAAUGGACCUCAUGGAAUACCUUUGUCACUUGAUACUGCUACAAACCAACGUAGCCAAAGCCCUUCUUUACAAAACUCAACUCACGCAAGUCCUCGAAUCACACCAGAUACACAAAUACGGACGUUUCUACUCACGUCUCAACCUCACCGCACUCGGAUGCGAUCUGCUCUGUCUGCCCGAAUCCGAGACUCCCGAAACCUGGACUACGCCACAAGACUGGGCACACAUGCGGGAACAACUCGUACUGACCAAGUCUCUUUUGUUGCGACGCGACGCCAAUGUGUGGGUCCCCACCGCCAUGGAGGAGUCUGAAUCUCCCACUCCUGCCGACGCGGCGCUGGAAACAACGCCGUCCUUGCCCCAACCCAACGACGCCAUUGAUCACCAACUCGAAACUCACGAAAUGUUCCAGGAUACCUACCAACAGGUCUACGAAUUCGUGCACGUACAAGAAAUUAUAGCUCGUCUCCGACUCUCGCUCCAAGAAGUGAUCGUGACACCCGACGAAAACGAUGAUCGUCGGAUCCCCCGCGCCCGGGAGGCCGUCGAGCUGUACCAACAACAGCUCGGCGCCUUAUUUCACGGACCCGAACACAUUCCCAAAGACCUCACGCACUUUUUGUUACGCGAUCUUUACCGUAAUCACCACGAUUGGAUCCGUACCGUACCCACCCAUCUGGAAGAACUGAUUCUACACCCACGCAGUGUCUUUUCACUCGCCAAGCUACAACAAAAGGUACGAUCCUUGUUGAUCAAGUGGUCCGAAAGCAUUCUAGAAAUCCCUACCCUCGUCAAAAUCGGCUACGGCGGUGUCAUGGCUCCCGUAGUUGGCGAUGACGGAGACGACGACGUAUCUGCGUGGGGGGACGACGACGAACACGCCCCCACGGCACAAGAGCUCCUCACGCAACCGCCACCCUCCAUGGACGAAGCCCACGAACCUUUGCCGGCCUCAACGCGCCCCUUGAACCAACGCUCGUCCGUCACCAUCGAAGACGCUGAAACCCUAAAACAACUGGUACUCGCUCCACCUCCGCACCGGACCCGGACCCGUGUUACCACCACGACUCCAUCCCAGCGUCCCACCCCUUCCAAAGAUUUGCGACGCGUCGCCCGACAAAAUGUCCGACGGGAACAAGAACUAUUGACCCAACCAGAAAUGGACCGCGGUGAAAGUGAUCACGACCGUUCGGACGAAGAGGAAAAGGACGACGAUGUGGAGCACGCCCAGUCCGAAGGGGAAAAAGAAAACGAUCCCGACGAGCGCAAGAUUCUGACGACACUCUCGCGGGAACAAGAGGAACGCUUGUUCGAGGAUAGCAGCACCGACGAGGAAGAGGAGCCGGAACGAAGUACCGAAGUCGCGACGCGAGACAACCGACAAAUCGAAGUCCUCUCGUCGUCCCAAAAACGCAAACGUCAUCCCCGCGUGUCCACCUCCCCAGCGACUCCCGUCAAAGGCCGAUCAACGGAAAAUAAACUGCACAAAUUGUCCAGAUGGGAAGACUCGGACGUAGAAGAGUUUGACGCCUUAUUUGUGACGGAAAAGCAACCGCUGUCGGGUCACAAGAAGCGGCCUUUCUCUUCGUUGGAAACUGCCUCGAUUCGGCACGGGGUCCGCCAAUUUGGGAUGCACAGUUGGGCCCAGAUUCGCGAUACGUAUCCCGCUUUGUCGUCCAGAUCGGGACAGCAAAUUCGGGACAAGUUUCGGACCAUGACGAAACACGGCCAAGCCUAGACACGCUACAGAGCCAUAUUGGGAGACGCUUUGGGCAGAAAUGUUUUAUGUAUAUCAACUUUUUGUGAAUUUGUUCUUCAAGUAAGACAGCAACCUCUACUUACAUACGUACACGCGACU